AUGGAAUCGGUAUGUUUUGUUGAUAUUUUAUCUUACUAGUCAAUAAUCUUAUUUUAGUUUGUCAUUGUUCGAGGAUAUCAGCGCGUCGUUGAAGUUACGGCAGAAGUUGAUGGCAUUAUCAGCAAAAAGACUCUGAGGGCAGCUUUCCAACUUGAAGAGGACGUGCCGAUCGGAUUGUUCAGGAACAACAGAGGCUUAAAGUAGGUUUUUAAUGGCUUUUAUUUAAGACAUUUCGAUUUUCGUUAGCAAUUUUAAAUAAAAUUCUGAACAAAUUUUUUAUUAAGUUUUUUAGGUGCAGAGAAGACGAUUAUUUCGAGCUACAAGAUGGAUGGAACGGAGCCGAGUACGAGUUGCGAUGGGAGCAAGAGCGACGAUCGCGACCAGCAACGCCAGCAGGUCAAGGUAUUUUUUUAAAUAUUUCACACCUUUUAUUGAUUUUUACAUUUUAAGAUUUAUUUUAAACAUUGUCAAUUUAUUUAUCAAUUUUCAGACAGAGCACGGUCUCGACCAUCAACGUCAAUGGAUCAAAAUAAACGACCAAUCAGCCCGUAUUAUCCAGCAUGUAAGAUUCUACUCAAAUUCAUAUUGUAAAUUCUUUUUUAGUAUCGCCAGAACCUGCACCAAGUUCAGAAGCGUUUAUCCAAUGGAUGUUCUAUUUGCACGACCAAUUGCACGGGAAAGCUACAACAAUUUGUGUCCAUCCGCACUUCUUUGUCACUUUUCGACAUGGGACACACCAAAAGUUCAAUCUCAACGACACGAUGAAAAUGUAUAGGUAAAUUGCUUAAAUAUUGCUUAAUAUUUUGUUGUUAAUUUAUAGAGCGCAAGAAGAAGUCGGAGAAGAAAAUGGAAUAGAAGUUUCCGUGGCUAACAUCAAUGAACCACUUGACUUUGUUCUACUCAAAAGUCAAUUUGAUGUUGUCAAGGUAAGUUCUUGCAAUACUUCUUUUAUUUUGUUGUUAAUUCAUGCAUUUUUAGUUAGGCCCUCCGAUUGAUCAUCCUCGAGAAUCAGAACCGUUCACGCUGGUUGGAUUUGGAAACGAUCGUGGAUAUAUUUCUUAUUUACCUGGAGCAAUUCAUUAUGUUCGCGAUUAUUCUUUUCACAAUGAUGAUCGAAGAAUGGGUCCUUUCAUUUUGGGCAGUUGUGCAAGUUCGAGAGGAGAUUCAGGUAAAGAUUAUAUUUUUGGUCAAUUAAAUUCAGCGUAAACUUUUAGGCGCUGGUAUUUGGGGAUCACGAGGACUGCUGGGAAUGAAUUUUGGUUGCACGAUGAUGCCACCAACACUUCACCACGACGCAAUCACUGAGGCGGCCAUAUUCAGUGCAAAGAACAUCAUUUGUCCGUCAUUUCGAUUCAAAGACGCUUUUAUGGUAUGCUAAAUUACUAUUACUAAUCAAUACUGAUUUAUUUAAUAAUGUUUUGUUUAGGAGGAACUUGCAAAAGAGGAACCUGCAAAAGAACACGGAAAAGUGACGUCGCCUCCGCGUAAGAAAGCAGCUGUAAUGACCGAAAUCGAUGGAAUUGGCCGUCUCUUUGGAAAAGAAAUAUACAGUACUGGCCAUAAAGGUAUUUCAAAGUGGUUAUUCGAGCAUAACUUCUCUGAAACUGACUCAAAUGACUUGAAACUUCGCACAGAUUUUAAAUAGCUACGCAGUAACUAUUUCUCAAAAGGAGAACUCAUUUGUUCAAGUCAAACAGGAUUUGAGAGCAAAAAAACCGAAAAAAAUCGUGAAAAUGAAGAUUUUUACUUUAGAGAUUCGAAAAAAAUCAUAUCUUCAAAGAAACUUCGAUUUUCAAUUAGAAACUUUUUCCCCAGUAAAACAAGUCUUCGACUUUCCGAAAAAAACCUCAUCAGCCCCCUAUCAACCCGGUAGCAUGAGCGUAGUGACUUUUUUUCUCCGAAAGGCCUUUUGCGUUUUGAAGCCUCGUCAUUCAAAUGGACUAUACGAGGUCAUUUUUUUGUUUGAGAACACCCUGUAUCAUGUUGAAAAAAACUUCAAAAACCUCCUCAAGAAUAGUUUCACACUGUUUUCCUCAGCUUUCUCACUUUUACCCGCUCUUCAGAACUCACUAACUUCUCUGGGACCGAUUUUGAACCUCUGAUUUGA